CCCCGCCCGUGCCGCCUGCGCCCGCCGCCGCGGCCAUGGGGCUGCCCACGCUGGAGUUCAGCGACUCGUACCUGGACAGCCCCGACUUCAGGGAGCGCCUGCAGUGCCACGAGGUCGAGCUGGAGCGCACCAACAAGUUCAUCAAGGAGCUCAUCAAGGACGGCUCGCUGCUCAUCGGCGCGCUCAGGAAUCUAUCUAUAGCAGUACAGAAAUUUUCCCAGUCCCUACAAGACUUCCAAUUCGAAUGCAUUGGUGAUGCCGAAACGGAUGACGAAAUUAGUAUUGCUCAAUCGCUAAAAGAAUUUGCAAGGCUACUUAUUACAGUAGAAGAAGAAAGACGGAGACUGAUUCAAAAUGCCAAUGAUGUAUUAAUUGCGCCACUUGAGAAAUUUCGCAAAGAACAGAUAGGGGCCGCAAAAGAAGGAAAGAAGAAAUUUGACAAGGAAAGUGAAAAAUACUAUUCUAUUCUUGACAAGCAUUUGAAUUUGUCUGCGAAGAAAAAGGAAUCUCAUUUGCAAGAGGCAGAUACACAGAUUGACCGAGAACAUCAAAACUUCUAUGAAGCAUCGCUGGAAUAUGUCUUUAAAAUUCAAGAGGUUCAAGAAAAGAAGAAGUUUGAAUUUGUUGAGCCGCUUUUGUCAUUCCUUCAGGGCUUAUUUACUUUUUACCAUGAGGGAUAUGAGCUUGCCCAAGAAUUUGCACCAUAUAAGCAACAGCUGCAGUUCAACUUGCAGAACACAAGGAAUAAUUUUGAAAGUACGCGACAAGAGGUAGAGCGGUUGAUGCAAAGGAUGAAGUCGGCCAACCAAGAUUACCGCCCGCCCAGCCAGUGGACGAUGGAGGGCUACCUGUACGUCCAGGAGAAACGACCACUUGGUUUCACGUGGAUUAAACAUUACUGUACAUAUGAUAAAGGAAGUAAAACAUUUACAAUGAGUGUUUCAGAAAUGAAAUCCAGUGGGAAAAUGAACGGCCUCGUUACUAGCUCACCAGAAAUGUUCAAGUUGAAAUCUUGUAUCCGACGAAAGACAGAUUCAAUUGACAAACGAUUCUGCUUUGACAUAGAAGUUGUUGAAAGGCACGGGAUCAUCACGUUACAAGCCUUCUCUGAAGCUAAUAGGAAACUCUGGCUGGAAGCCAUGGAUGGGAAGGAACCGAUUUACACGCUGCCUGCCAUUAUUAGUAAGAAGGAAGAAAUGUACUUAAAUGAAGCAGGGUUCAACUUUGUGAGAAAAUGCAUCCAAGCUGUGGAAACAAGAGGCAUCACCAUUUUAGGGCUCUAUCGGAUAGGGGGCGUGAACUCCAAGGUUCAGAAACUCAUGACCACCACGUUCUCACCUAAGUCCCCUCCUGAUAUUGACAUUGACAUCGAACUGUGGGACAACAAGACGAUAACAAGUGGGCUGAAAAACUACCUCAGGUGCCUUGCAGAGCCACUGAUGACGUACAAGUUGCACAAAGACUUCAUUGUUGCUGUCAAAUCGGAUGACCAGAACUACAGGGUGGAGGCUGUACAUGCGUUGGUGCACAAACUGCCUGAGAAAAACAGAGAGAUGCUGGACAUCUUAAUAAAGCACCUGGUCAAAGUAUCACUGCACAGCCAACAGAAUCUCAUGACUGUGUCCAAUCUUGGUGUCAUAUUUGGCCCAACCCUGAUGCGAGCACAGGAGGAAACCGUGGCCGCCAUGAUGAAUAUUAAAUUUCAGAACAUAGUGGUUGAAAUUCUGAUAGAGCAUUAUGAGAAGAUUUUUCACACUGCACCAGACCCAAACAUCCCCCUCCCGCAGCCUCAGUCUCGAUCUGGACCCCGAAGGACCCGAGCAAUCUGCCUGUCCACAGGCUCCCGGAAACCCCGAGGGCGGUACACUCCAUGCCUCGCAGAGCCGGACAGUGACUCCUACAGCAGCAGCCCGGACAGCACGCCCAUGGGGAGUAUCGAGUCGCUCUCCUCUCACUCUUCUGAACAAAACAGCACUACAAAGUCGGCCUCCUGCCAGCCCAGGGAGAAAUCCGGAGGGAUUCCUUGGAUUGCAACCCCAUCCUCAUCCAACGGACAGAAAAGCCUCGGUCUCUGGACGACUAGUCCUGAGUCAAGUUCUCGAGAAGAUGCAACCAAAACAGACGCAGAGUCCGACUGCCAGAGUGUUGCGUCCGUCACCGGCCCAGGGGAUGCUUCCCCGCCCAUAGACCUAGUCAAGAAGGGGCCCUACGGGCUCUCAGGGCUGCAGAGAACCCCUGCUUCCUCCCUCAAGUCCAUCUCUGCAUCUGAAGGAAACAAGAGCUACAGUGGAUCUGUUCAAAGCUUAACUUCUGUAGGUUCCAAGGAGACAUCCAAAGCCACACCAAACCCAGAACUUCCUCCAAAAAUGUGUAGGAGGUUAAGGCUGGACACUGCCUCAAGCAAUGGCUACCAGCGACCCGGCUCAGUAGUGGCAGCAAAGGCCCAACUCUUUGAAAACGUUGGUUCACUUAAGCCAGUGUCUUCUGGGCGACAAGCCAAAGCCAUGUACUCCUGUAAAGCAGAGCACAGCCAUGAGCUGUCCUUCCCCCAGGGGGCAAUAUUCUCUAACGUGUACCCAUCAGUGGAACCAGGAUGGUUAAAGGCAACUUACGAAGGCAAAACAGGACUAGUUCCAGAAAAUUAUGUUGUCUUCCUCUAAUAUUACUUAGCGGAUGGCAGUAUCUUCAUGGUAUCCAUGGUAACAAAUAAUAAGCGCUAUGAUUUUAUCUGACACAGAUAUUGGAACCAGCCCACUGAAUGAAAACAGUCCGUUUCUAUCGAGUUCUUCACCAGCACACUACAUAGUUGCCUAGUAAUGGAAAAAGGAAAAAAAUGCUUAAACUCUAUUCAUUCUUUUUUUGACGUUUUUCUUUUUGGUAAUAAGUACUGUAAUUCUCUAAAAUGUCUCUUCCAUAGCAACUGAAAAAUCUUGAAUACUGAGCUAAAUACUAUAAUCUAAAAGUUUGAGAACCGGAAAUCUGCUAUAUGGAUUUUGAGAUCUGUCUCUUACUCUCUGGCAUUCUCUGAGGAACUUUGAAAUCAUUACUUAUAACUGUAUUGUAAAUUGUUCGUUUAUUAUUUUUUCUUAAAAAUAUACUGCUUUUAUAUGGUUUUUUUGUUGGUUCUGAACAUUUCAAGGAAAUAAGUCUUUGUUUUAGUAUAAUUUUAUUUUUAUUUGUUUUCCAAGUGGAUGAUAACAUUCAAAAGCAAUAAUGUAUAUGAUGUCUGUAAAGAAAGCCAAAUUAAGUCAUACACUGAUUCCACUGUUAACAAUCCAUCCAUAAUUCCAGACAACUUCCAUGGGGUUAGAGCAGGGAUCAGCAAACUGUUCCUAUAAAGGCCUAAUGCUAAAUAUUUUUGUGGCAAGCUGCAUUUCACUUGUGGGUUCACAGUUUACUGACCCUGACUUUACAGAAUUUAUAAACUAUUUUCACAACCUUGGGAUGAAAAUGUGAGCACUUAUGAAUCAUAAGCCUAUAUUUUCUCCUAGUAGAAUGAUAGUAGCAUCACAAAAGUAUCAUUACUCAAACGGGAAGAUUACAGAAGUGCAGUAUAAAGGCAUACAACUUAAAUUCUACUUGUAACGCUGUAAUGUGUCAGGUUAUUUUAGUAAUAUCCAAUUUUGGCUACUGAGAUAUUCUUAAAUGAUAAAAGCUGUGCCUUCUAAAGUCUGUGCUUAAUUAAAACAGAAAGUAAACACAGAAGUACAGGAAUCUUAAAUCACAUUGAACCAGAGAGUUUGAAAUUCUGUCAUCAUCUUUAGCAGGAAUAGAAUCUGUCUGUGAUUUCCUUUAAGUCAUUUGGUUUAUGACCUUUACUCAGAAUUUUAAUGAAUUUAUACUGCAUAGAAAUAGGUGUUUACUACCCAUUUAUAUAUCUAUAUCUAUAUAUAUAUCAUCAACUGGUUAGGCAUUAACCAUUUUUUCUAUUAUUUCUAUUUCAAUAAUUCUAAUAUAUUAUUUCUAAUAUCUAUAUGUGGCAAAGAUCUUUCUUCUCAAGAUUUCAAAAAGCUGAUUACCGCCAAUUGACUAUCACAGACCUUCCCUACUUGGCCCUGAUGUCUUACUGAUUACGUCAGAGUUUUUGCUCACUUUAUAGACACUCAGGUAUUUACUGUGUAAAACUCUUUUACAUACGAAAAUCUAUAAUCUACUUCUACUUUAAAUUAAUAUUUCUAGUAAUAGUGCAUUAAAUAUAUACAUAGAAUUAUGCCUCAGAACAUUUAUGCUUCUAAAUAUAAAAUUAAUGGAUUAGAAUCACCAAGUAAAGAGAGUAACAGCAGAUGAUCACAAUCAGAAAUAAAUCAGUGAGUUGAAGUACAGGAACAAAAAAUAUUCUGAUUCUGAAAAUGUCCUGAAUGAAUGGGAAAAUCUGGUAUGUUUCUUUACUUUGUCUUCCUGCUGUUGAGAUAUUUCUGAACCUUCUGGGCCAGGGUAGUAGUAAGAGCAUUGCUAGCACCCCGCCGGCCCUCGCUGGGACAGAAGGCAGUCCCUCCAGGGCACCAGUCCCUCAUCGGUGUGGCACCUUCAGUGUAAGCACCCUGGCUGUUGCCCAGCAUUCUGCUAGACUGUAACCACCUAAAGCGAAUUUGGUUUUCUUUCAAGGACUACCUUGAUUUCAGAAAGAGAUUCAGAAUCUUACUUCACUUGUUACAUAAAGAAAUCACAACCUUCAUUUGAUUUUAACACAGACAAGAGUGCCCCAGAUUCUGAAUUGUCUGUGAGCUAAUUCCACGGGUGAUCAGUGAGGAAUUAACUCUUCCACGGCAUAGGACAUGUGUAUGAAGCCCACCUCUCCUUUCUUAUGGUGAGGCGUAUUUUGUGGCAUUACUUGUUGUUGUCCCUUCCUAGAAACAAGGUACAAACAUGCUGGUUCAUGUUGUGAUUUUGCUUGAAGUUUUUGUUUUAUUUGUGGUGCUGGGGAUUGUACCCAGGGCCUCUUGCUUGUUCAGCAAGUGCUCUACCACUGAGCUGUAUCCCCAGCCUUCAUCUUGUACUUUUGUUAGAAAUUUAAGUCUUACAGAUUUGUGAGGAUGGUUUAUUUUUCUUUAUAUUGAUUGUAUGUGUAUGCAAGUCAUAGCCUCAUACUGGAGACGGGCUAAAGGUGUUUUUCCCUUCAAGUACAUUUAGUAUUGGCAGGCACUUACGAGCACCAAAAGAAUCAACAUAAGUACUCCAAACAGGUGGACUGUUAAUUACACAAGGGAGGUAAUGCCAGUCAGUCAUUAGAAGACGAUCACGUUCAAAACUUCCGUAGCAUUGCAGUAAGGGCAGCUGCCCCUUUCAGAGACCAUGGAAAGAUGUGUUGGAGUUGCCACAUCCACACCUUUGAAAUGUAAUUAUACGCACCCAAGUCGCUGCUGAUAGCAUAGUCAAUACGAGGAUGAGAUUGAGGGUCUGAAGUUAAUUAUCUGUGUGUUGUGUGAAAAUAUCCCAGAGUACAAACACUUACAUCACAGGUGACUUUUCUGUUGUCAUCAGGAAAGAUCACCACGAUCAGUUAUAGAAGCCAGUCAUUCGGCUGAAGGAUGUUUCUAUUUUGUAACAUGUGAAUAUCUGAAGAGUAGAAUAAUCUUUACUUCCUGUACGGUCCAUGAAACGUGGAGAGGCAUCGUUUUUCCUUAUCUAAUGUGAAUGGUUUUGCUCAUCUGUCGCGUUGGUUCUCUGUGCUUUGUAAUGUACACGAAUAUAACCAAGAUUCUCAACAAUGGCUCCUUUGCUGGCUUUGUGAGGGAUGGUGGAGAAGACGAAAAAUACACCUUAAAUCUCCCAUAGUCCCAAACUGUCCAGGUUCGCAAAUAGGAGAAAUAAAGAUACCUGAGUCUUUCCCUGUCAUUAGCUUUCCGUAUGCCUUCCAAAACUGCACUGUAUGAUGAGGAAAACAAGUCUCAUAUUGCCGUAAGCCUGUGGAGAGGACACCUUCCCAACCUCGCCCCCAGCCUCCUCCUUCAUAUCUGCAUCAGAAAGGCUGUCACUCACCCUGAGGUUAGUUUAGAAGUGUUCCUCGAACCCUUGUGUUGGACAUCCACUGGUCACGCAGGAGGAGCACCCUUUUCCUGAAAUACUAAGAACAGAAGUUUGGAUUUGGGGAUUUUUUCAGAUUUUGGAAUAAUGACAUAUACACAAGAUGUUAUGGGGAUGGGGUCCCAGUUGAAACAUGAAAUCAAUUUGUUUGAUAUGCAUCUUAUACACAAAGCCUGAGGAAAUUUUUCAUAGUAGGUAAAACGGAGUCACCUGGCUGGAACUUUCCAAUUGUGGCAUCGUGUACAUGUCAAAAAGUUUUAGAUUUUGAAUUGUGGAAUUUGAGAUGCUUAGGCUAUAUUGAGGGUGAACCAGUCGCAUUUAGUUUCUUCGCUUUGCUUUUUUUUGGGCGGCGGGAGGUGGCACCAGGAAUCAAACUCAGGACCUCACGCUUGCCAGGCAAGCACUGCACCACUGAGCUAAAUCCCUGGCGCCUCAGGUAGCAUUUAGAACCCUAAUCUGACUUACACUUCUUCAUGGAACUCGAAGGCUUAGGAACAGAUUUUGUCCUUUGGUUUCACAGUCCAUGUAUAACUUGCAGCUCUUCCCAUGACCUCACAUUGCCAGGUAGCACUGUGCAGUCCUGUCUCCUGGAUAAAAAGCAAAGGUUGGACUCUUGUCCUGAAGUUAUUUUCCUUUUGAGCAAAAGAUAGUAGUCCCUUAUGGUAGCAACUGUUGUUACGAAAUUUUGCCUCCUUUGCCUUUGUUAUCUUCCAAAAUCAAAACAAUUUUUCAGAUGGGUCUGCCUUUCAGGGUAGUCUGUUUCCAGGUUGUCUCUUGUUCACUCAGACUAACAGGUAUUUAUCAGCUGGUCCCAAUUUCCUGAACACAGACUUUAUCCAUCCAUUUUUACCAGUUGCCUUCCUGUUUCAGGUGCAGGUUCUAUUGGUAAUAAUGUUAGGAAAAUGGAGGCUUACGCAUGGUGUGAACUUUUUACCUGAUCUAACCUGUGAAUAAGAUCUUAGGUACUUUUAGAGCAGGCCACGUUGAUUAUUUUAAAUAGGAGUUUUGACAGCACUCACAAGAAAUCAUGGCAGAAACUGAUCUGUAUGACCCAGAAUGUUUUUAUGGAUUAGAGAACCCAAAAGACCAUCUCUUCACCUCCCUUCCCACAGGACAGAGGCCAAGGUCAAGAGCGAAUAGUUCUUGGUGUUGUACGGAGUUUGUGUGCUUACUGAGGAGCCAUAAAAGAGGCCAUUUUCAGCUAUACCAAUGUAGAAGUUUUCACCACUUAAUCAGUUCAUAUAAAGGGCAACUUGAGAAGCUUACGUAUUGGAAUGGAUGGGGGCUGAAGGUGCCAAGACUCCCUCAAUUAGAUGAGCACUCUCUGCCCUUGUUUUCACCCUCUGCCAUCCCUCAUCGUUGUUUUCGGGGUCUGUACCCUUCAAGAGCGCACCGCACCUGUUGUGCCAUCUCUUAGGUGAGAAGUGUGCAUAGUUCUCCAUGUGGAAGCACGUUAGAGGUGUUAUGCCCACCAGUGUAUCCUCAGCCACCUUUUGCAGAGAAUGACAUCUCCUAGAACUGAUGUAAGAAUACUGCCUUUACAUGAUUUAUUCUUAAAAACCCAAGAUUUCACAGCAUUAUUGAAGGCUGGAAUUUCAAGAGUCUUUUGAGAACUUCAAGCUGAAAUCUUUGCAGAUAGGGACCCUGGCAGGGAAGAUACCUUAGUUUUUAAUUUAGAAUUCUAUUUAUAUACUGUUAAAAUUUGAGGUACUAUAGUUUAUAUAAAAGUUGGAUACUUAGAUAUUAUAUUUCAGUACCAGGAGCUUCUUUGCAACUAUUAACGUGAGAAAUUAAUAAAUAUGAUAAAAGUUAUUGUCCGUAAAUUAUAUUGAACUUUUUGUUUAUUUUGUAGUGUUUCUGUAUUUAUCUGCACUUUGUGUUGUGUGUGUGUGUGUAUACACACAUGCAUACGUCGGCAUGUAAAUAACUUCAUGAUAUUCCUAAUCUAAAUGGCCACAGUAUCUUUUAAUGUAUAUUUACAUUGUGUUACAAGUUACUUUAAAAAUAAACUAUAUAAGCACGGUUUAAUUUGGUCUUUGUACUUGAAGACCCACUGUCUUGGAAGGAUGCUGCCUUGGCUUCAUGUGUAGAAAAAUCAAAGUUUCUAGUAAUGGGAAUAGUCAUUUGGGGUUUGGCUAAGUAGAAAAUGAUAGCAUAAUCUGGUGAUCUUUUCUUGACAAGUUGGUAGGAUGAGAGAUUAGGAAAAUGUUAAUGGUGGUAUUAGCAAUGCAAGUGUCCAAAGAAGAGAACAGUAAAUGGGCCAUAAUAAGGUCAGCCAUAGUGUUGAUAUUAGGUAGGAUUCUCUGAAACAUGUUUGCAAGUUAAAAAGGUGCAGUAGGAGGAAUAUCUGCGUAUAAAGACUCCCUUAGAUUCCUACUAGUUCUAGGACCCUCCUGGUGACUGUUUGACAUCCAGCUAAAAUUUUGCUUCCUCAUCUUCAAGGAAGACAGUUGUGUAUUUUAUGUUGGAAAAUCGAUGGUUAGAGUGUUCGCAAGUAAGCGUGCCAGCACUAAGGCCGACAGGCUGACCAGCAGGCAUCCAUCUGGCAACGCUUUGCAUCGGUCUCAAAAGAGGCGUCCAUUUAUGGCACAAGACACGUGAGAAUGUUUAAUCAAUUCCAGCAUCAUUGAGGGAGAAAGGGCUUAGCUUAGGUAAAAGAUCUCAGUGCUUGAGUUACAGUGUAGGAUUGUUAUGUUAGAAGAAAUUGACCUUCUAAAUUAAUAAAAUAAUAAAAUAAAUUAGCCCCUAGUGGUCAAAUCUGGAAUAAUUUGAGCAACAAAAUAAAAAACACAGUAUUGGAUUUGUGAGUUGUAAUACUAAGUAUCAGAUAUAUACAUGAACUCCAACUCAUUUAUGUAAAUAAGAAUAAAUUUCACAAUGUAAAAUAAAUGGGGUAGAAAAGACAAUUCUUCUUGACAGAAAUAUUCCAGUUAAUCAUUAGAAAUGUCAGUUACUCUUACCUCCAGGAGGUAGAGUUUAAACUUGCACUGCUUAUGGAUGGGCUACACUAAAUACUCACUGAUAAAAAUGUCGAGUUUGGAAAACUGUCACAACUUUACAGCAAAGAAAGGCCUCAGCCUGCUGUAAGCCUAUGGUGAAAGCUCCCGCCUUUUCAUCAGGUCGCUGGCCUGCGUCCUGGGUUACGUGACGAGCACUUCACCUCUGCAUCUUCCACAAACCCAGAACUCCAGUGUAAUCGUGAGGAAAAUGUCAGACCCACCCAGAUGGAAGACCUUCCACAGGAUAUUGGUGAGCCCCGUACUCCUCAGAAUUAUUAAGGUCGUGAAGCAUAAGGAAAUACUGAGAAGUUAUCGCAAAUCAGAAGAGCCGCAUGAGACAGGGCAUCUGAAGACUGUGAACACUGUUUUGACGCCUGGGAGAAGAAAAAGACAGUGAAAAAACUGACGAUGUUCAAAUAAAGUCUGAUGUUUGGUAAUUCA